AUGGACGAGUGGCUAGCUUCCAACCACAGCACGCCGGGCGCCGCCACGCCGGGCCACAAGAAACUCCCCUACGAAAACGAGCAGUUUCUCAUGAACGACGACGCCCAUCUUCUCGAAAAGAACAUGCAGCCGUUCGACCUCGACCUGAUCGACUUUAUCAUGCCCGACGAGCUCAACCCGGGCUCCAGAGCGUACCCGCCGCUGGCGUACCCGGAAAACACCCCGGCGCUUCUCCCCAACGGGCAAAACCAGCACCAGUACUCGAACCAACCGGUGCACUUCCAGCUGCCGUUGCUUCCGGGCCAAAACGAGAAACUGUACAACGAAGAACACCUUUACCACCGCCGCCAGCAGGCCCAGCAGCACCUGUAUCUGCAGAACGCUUCGGGGGUUCGUCCAGAUGCCGUUUUCACGCCGUUGGUGUCUCCAGCAGUGACUCCGAUGGAAUCGCAGGUGAACUCCAACAAAAACCAGGGCGUGCCCAUGCAAGCGACAUUUGAACCGCUUACGCUGCCGGCGCUCAAUGCCCAGCAGAGAGAGAGACCGCCAGACAGACGUAGACCGCUGCUGGCGACAUUUCCAGAGGAGUACAGUGGGAACGGCGGUUCCAAGCGCAGAACGCCUCAUCUGACGCCGAAUUUGGCGGCAAACAAGCCCAAGAGAUCGCCUUCCUUGCGCAAAACGCCCCAGGCGCCUGUUUUCGAGCAGCUUCCGGAUUCCUCCUACGAUGCCAGUGUGGACGGUCCGGCUAAAUCGUCCGAAACGACGCCGAUGCUUCCGCCGGGCAAAAGAACACCUUACGAGGGCUCUAGCGGCGGCAGCACACCCUACAAGAACCAGCCAGGCCCUGCGACGCUCAUGGGAUUCACCAUGAACCGUUUGGCCGAACUGCAGAGCACCAACAACCUGCUGCCUUCUUUGGCGCCGCAAAACGGCCACCACGACGACCUGGUGUCGACCCGCUCGUCCGUGAGCGGCCAUCGCACGCUGAUCAAGCACGAGACGUCGCUGCUGGAGCCUUCUCCAGCGUUGGAUCCGCAAAACGGUGAAGAAUCCGGCCGCAAAAGAGAAAAGGGGCCCGGCAAGAAAGCGUCGCAUAAAAUCGCCGAACAGGGCCGUCGAAACAGAAUGAACCAGGCCGUGCACGAGCUCGCGGGCUUGAUUCCUCAGACGUACCAUGACCAGGUCUCCAUUCCGUCAAAAGCCACCACGAUCGAGUUGGCGUCCAAGUACAUUACGACGCUUGUGGCUGAGCUCGAGGAGGCCCGGGCCCGGUUGCCACAGGACGAGCAUCUGAGGAAGGACGAGAAGAGGAGGCGGUAG